GCUUUCCGCACCUUAUCUCCAUCCAAAAGUUUUCUUUCAUCCGCUGAAGAAGAAUAUUCAGCGCCGGUGAUAUUGUUUUCUAAGGUGAUAGAUUACAUGAAUGGUUGCCACAUUUAUCUUUGAUCCCCUCCUUUCCUCGUCGUUGAUGCCAUUCUUUUAACAUUGAUCCCCUUAAUUGCCACGUCCUUCAUCUUACAGUGUCAACAUCAUCGUUGGAUCUUUGGUUUUGUCGAGUUACGAACCAAAGACAUACGGCCAGUAUUGAUGUUGCUUAGGCUUCUUGGAGUUUUAGCUUUGGAACUUUGAUCCGAUCCGAUCUGAUCUGUGGUCAUACGGCCAGUAUCGGAUCGGGUCUGGUAGGUGGUACAGACCCGACCCGAUUUUAUGUCCUCGACGCCUCCAUACUCCACACCCCCAUCGGCGGCUGUUCUUCCUCGUGAUGAUUUAUCUCCCAACUGAGUCUCCACUUUUGAUCCUUCAUCCAUCUGUUUGCCUUUGCAGGAAGAAGAGAGAAGAGGAAGAAUAAAGGCUGUGUCUUGCUUGUGAUCCUUGGCCCCUGCUCCUUCAGCCCUUUGAAUAGUUUCAGACAUUUCUGGACGCUUAGUAUGAUCAUUUUCUUGAUAAUUUCUUCGUAAAGCCUUCGAUCAUUCAGGUUCUCGCUAUGAUCAUCGGGUUCCCCAUAAUUGUUUCUCCUUCAGGACGAUGUUGUUGGUGAUUUAUUUUUUCCCCGCUUUGUUGGCGUCUGGGAUUCUCUGUUUCUCUCACCUCUGUAUUGGAGAUUAUUUUAUGCGGUUUUUCAGUGUGUCGAUUUUUUGGUUGGAACAUAGGAAUUGAUGGCGACUCAUUAACCGAUUCAGAAAAAGACAGCUUUUUUUAAGCAGGAGUAAUCAAUUUGGAAAAUGGAUUAGAAAGUCCAGGAGAGUAAUCCGAUGUGGAACCCUUGGCUACAGUUCUCACAAGCUGUAAUCAGAUCAGAUUCCUCGGAAGUUAAAUGAGGAUGUUUUAGAUCGUCGGGCAAAUGAUCUUGUUCUUAAUGAGACUGGCCGAUUACAAUAAAAGAUUGUCUUUUUCUUUUUUAUUCUUGUUCCUGUUAAGAUAAGCUCUCUUCUCCUCUUUAGAGUCUUUUAUCGAGAGAUGUUUCUGUCAUUUAGAAUGUUAACGAUUGACAAAAAUAAGAAAAACCUUGAUAUCUUGAAAUCAAAUCAUUAGUUACAUAUGCUGUAUUUUGUUAAAAUCAUGACUCUGAAAGUUUCUUUUUUAAUAUAUAUUCGUAUGUUUAGCAUUUUUUAUGAAAUAUGUGGUCCGAUCGAUCUUGAUCCAAACAAAAUGUGAAAUACAUUUCAUAUAUUUGUCUUAUUUGGGUUUUUAGUUGGCUUUUUGGUAGAAUUGGACCAGUUGGUAGCGUGCGAUUUGGUCACCAAAAUGGUCGCUUUUCAAGCAACCGGCAAUGACCUUCAUUUUUGAGUCGGGUCUUUUUGGAAGAGGGUAAGUGGGGUUCCUUCUCGUCUCCCCUUCUAAUGGCAUAGGCACCCUUAGGGCUUUUCUUUCUGACGAUUUACUGUUGGUUUUCGAUUUAUUUUUGGUUCUUGGCCUCUUUCUGUGCUGCUGCUACACUGAUUAUGGUCAAAAUCUUGGAAAAGACAGCUUAUUUGGAAAUAAAUCAGAAAAAGAAUUUGGCUAAAUCUUGGACUUGCAUCUGAUUUUGUCUUCUUUGUUCUUCCUUCUGAAAUGAAUCUUUGAUUAUCUCGGAUUGUUAAAAAACCUUUUAUUUGUUUUCAUUUCUUCUUGUUUUUAUGCUUAGAAUUGGGAGACGUGUGUUGACUGCUCAUUUUUGGAUACAUCUGAGUUGUUCCGAACAUCUUAUUUUCAGGAAGAUUUAACCUUGUACUGAUGUAUUCUCCUUGGUUUCGUUGGAUCUUGGUUUGGUCCCAUGCAUGACAUUCUUGUUGUUGCCUUCUACCAGUGAGGUUGGUGGGAUGCAGUCUUCCUGUCCAUAUUGGAUCAAGUAUUGGUAGAUGGGAAGCAGAACCGAUUUAAUCCAAUGUAAUUCUCAGUUGAAUGAGCUCUCCCGGUACUUAUCAGAUUGGGUCUAGGGAGUAUGUGCAGACCUGAUUUAAUCCAAUAUCAUCAGCACCUAUGUAUCUUGAGCGGCUGUUCUUCCAAUUUUGUAUAUGAACUAAUAGAAGAUGAGGAAGAACAAUAACGAGAUUGUGCUUAUAAUUCUUGGCCACGGUCCUGUUGAAUUGUUUCAGACAUACCACAUGAAGUUGUUGCUACGGUCAUAGUGGGCUACCUAUUUUUCUGACCCUUUGGUCAAAGUGUUUUUAGCUUCCGUUUCCUUUUUCAAACUAACUAUUUUGGUUUAAGUAUGGUGGUGCUUUUGCUUUGUUUAUUCAGAAAUUGAUGGUCACUCAUAUAUCAAUUCAAAUUGGAAACAGUUUCUCUUUGACCUAGACUAAUGGAUUUGAAAAGUGGAACGGAAACUCCUCAGGAAUCUGGUGUGGAAUCCUUCUUCAACUCAGCUCCACCUCUCAAAGAUCGUGAUCAAAUUUCUCAGAAGUUAGAAGACUUCAUCACUAAGAUUUCUAUAUCAUCAGAAAGUGGGAAACCUAUUAGGGUUGUUUGUGUGACUUCUGGGGGAACAACUGUUCCUUUGGAGCAGCGAUGUGUCCGUUACAUUGAUAAUUUCAGUUCGGGUAACAGGGGAGCUGCAUCUACAGAGUACUUUGUGAAGGCUGGAUAUGCAGUUAUCUUUGUCCAUCGUCGGGGAAGCUGCCAACCAUACUGCAGAUAUCUUCCACAGGAUUCAUUUCUUGAUUUUUUUGAUAUAGCAGAGAACUCAACUAUCAAAGUGUGUGAGCCACAUGGUACGGUGGUCAAGGGAGCAAUUAGGGACUAUCGAAAGGCAGUUGAAGAAGGCUUCUUGCUGAAACUUCCAUUCACCACAAUUUUUGAAUAUCUUCAGAUUUUACAGAUGGUGGCUACAUCAAUGAGAUGUCUUAAGUCACAUGGGAUGUUCUAUCUUGCUGCUGCAGUAUCGGACUUUUAUGUACCUUGGGAAAACAUGGCAAAACAUAAGAUCCAAUCUGCAGAAGGUCCUCUGGAUAUGCGACUCAACCAGGUGCCUAAAAUGCUUUUGGUGCUGCGAAAAGACUGGGCUCCUGCAGCAUUUUGCAUUUCAUUCAAGACUUACUUUUACCGGAAAACAGUUGGAGACAGAUCCAGAUAUUCUGCUUCAGAAAGCUGACAUGGCAAUGCGGAAGUAUGGCAUGCAUGUUGUUGUAGCAAAUGAACUGGCGACUUACAAAAGGGAAGUCUCCGUCGUUACAAGUGGAGAAAAAACUAGAGUUUGUAGUCAUGGACAGGAUCAUGACUUGGAGGAGGAACUC